CCCCCCUAGACUACUCGAAACCGGCGCGUUCACGAGCCAUUCACAUCACACAACCAAUAAUCCGCGCACCUGGCCUUCUCAUCCAAGAGCCUUCCUCACAGCAUCAUGUCGAACUGGAAAAAAUACGACAGCUAUGACGUGCCCAUUGACCCCAAGCAGCAGGACAAGGCCACCACUCUCAAGCUCCACAGCUUCCGGCGCCCACACAUGCGAGCCUUCCACUUCGCGUGGUUCGGUUUCUUCAUGGCCUUCGUCUCCUGGUUCGCCUUCGCCCCGCUCAUGAAGGAGAUCAAGGGUGACCUCGGCAUGACCAAGAACGAGGUGUACAACGCCAACAUCUCGUCCGUGUCCUCAACUAUUCUCUCGCGUUUCGUCGUGGGCCCCCUCUGCGACACCUUCGGCGCGCGCAUCACCUCCAGCACUCUGCUGCUCAUGGGCUGCAUCCCUACCUUUUUCGCCGGCCUGGUGAACAGCGCCACCGACGUGGCCGUUAUCCGCUUCUUCAUCGGCGUGAUGGGCGCCACCUUCGUGUGCACCCAGUACUGGACGUCGCAGGUGUUCGCGAAGGAGUUCGUCGGCACGGCUAACGCCACCAGCGCCGGCUGGGGAAACCUGGGCGGCGGUGUCACGCAGAUCUUCAUGGUGGGAAUAUGGAACGGCUUCAAGACCAGCUACGACAGCGAGACGGCGUGGCGUCUCUCGUUCCUCGUGCCGGCGGCCAUCGUGUUCUGCGUCGCCAUCGGUCAGGUGUUCCUCGCCGACGACUGCCCGAAGGGUAACUACAAGGAGCUCGAGGCGCACGGCGCCAUGACUCGCAAGUCCUCCGCCGUUUCCUUCAAGAAGGGCUAUUCGAACGUGAACUCAUGGAUCAUGUUCGCCCAGUACGCCGCCUGCUUCGGCGUCGAGCUGACCGUUAACAACACCGCGGCCAACUACUUCUCUGACGAGUUCGGUCUGUCGACCUCCAAGGCGGGUAUGGUGGCGUCUUUGUUCGGGCUCAUGAACCUCUUCGCUCGGUCGGUCGGCGGCAUCUGGUCCGACUUCCUCUACCGCAAGUUCGGCGCGGGCGUUACCGGCAUGCGCGGACGCUUCUUCGCCCAGUGGUCUGCCCUCGUGUGGGAAGGCUGCUUCCUCUUCCUCUUCACCUACAUGAAUACCCUUGGUGCGGCCAUCCCCAUUCUCAUCCUCUUCUCCGUGGGCGUGCAGAUGUCCGAGGGUACCUCGUACGGCAUCGUGCCGUACAUCGUGCCGGACGCGACGGGCGCGGUGUCGGGCAUCGUGGGCGCGGGCGGCAACUUCGGCGCGGUGAUGUGGGGUCUGAUCUUCCGGUUCGGCCCCACCAGCGAGAGGUCGGUGUUCCGAAUUAUCGCGGCGAUCGUGAUUGCCCUCUCGUGCACGACACCGUUGAUGAAGAUCCGCGGGUACGCCUCGUGCUUCGGUGCGCCCAAGGGAGAGCCAGACUCCAUCGCGGAUAUCUAGAGUCUUUUAAUGCCGCCGUCCGUUCAUGUUAAGCUCCUUAUGCAAUGCACGGAUAUCUCGCAAUGAGUAACGAAGAGGGUUGCAUACAGCACGUUGAAGAACUGCUUGUGGCGCCGAUACUUCUCGUCUUUGAGUUUACCGGCACUACUGAUGGCAUGACGGAGUCAUGAAUGGUAAAUAAGGUUUGUGAAUAGGUUUUGAAGGAGCGUGCUGAUCUGUUUUUUUUUAUGGUAAGCGAGUGAAAGUCAGUUUGGUUUCAACAAAUACGAAGUUCAAUUCGGGUGUCGACGCCCGCAUAUAAAUACAUAACAGUCUCGUCAUAUACCUCUUGAACAUUACACGUGUGCGUUCUUACAGCCGCCCCAUGGCGUACCACGCUCGCGUUUUGCUGAGGACUUUUUUAUCGGGUCUAAGGAGAAUAUUUACGUCUGCCCUUGGUUUAAAUAAAGCCCGCGCGUUGCGAAAUUGUUCCAUCCCACCUCACGUCUGGUGUAAUAGUUAUCCUUGUUGAGGGUGGUUGGUAGCAAAAAUUAUUGUUGGAGCUACGUUAUGUAGCAACUCUCAAUCGAUGCUGUUGUCUACGAAGCCAAGAAGCGACCUCAAGUUAUUGCGGACGUGACAACGCCUCAUUCCUGCGCAUACCGCGUAUUGGAUGUCAUUUUCGAUCUCAUGCAGUAUGUUGUAAUGAUCAGUAGUAGCGCUCUGUCCUGGGGGAAUCAUGGUGGUAUGCUCGGCGGUAGUCUCAAAGUGAAGGUCAUCCGUUUCAAGGGUUGUCAGCAUCGUUUCCCGAUCGCUGAGCGCUGGGCAUGCAUACCUCGAUAUUUUUUCUGGAAGGAGUUGAAACUUGCGCGGCUUCAUGACUUUUCCCAUUCUUGCUUGCAUCGUCCGGAUUAUUAAGGGGCACGCUUGUGUGGGAGCGUACGUAGAAGAAACAGCAGGAAAUGUUCGCGCACUGCGCCGCCGCCUCUGUUGCUGCUCAGAUACUCAUGAUGUACGAAUGUGAUUUGAACGAUAUACAGGACUUCACACGACUGUGGUCAGCCAUUUUUUCCGAGAACGUGCACCACAUACACUCGUGUUGAGAGCAAAGCGAGGCCGGUGACACAGCAGUGCAGUCUUCUAUCUGCGUUUGUUUGUUGUUUAGAUCAUAUGCCCAGAGAGGGAAGUAGCAGGGUGAAGCAAAGAAUUUCUUGACGUGUAUUCGAACAUGUGUUGUCACAAUCUACGGGAACGGUGUCGGGCGUGCGUUUCCCGAUUUGGGCUGGCCGAUGUUGUUGGGACCGCAGAGAGAUGGGGCAAGAGGGAGAAACAAGGAACUGAUCGUUAAUGGGGAACCGCCAAUCGAUGUUACGGUUCGCAAUCGGGGCAGUGUAUAGGGAAUAUAAUGGUCCGGAAACCCCCCUGUUUUUAAAAAACAUGACAAAACCUCGUUAGACCGCACUUGUUACGGCGGCCCCCAAGCAGGAGGGCAGCGACGUGCAUAACAACAACCGGUGAGACCCAGAGGAAAUACGCAUGAGACGAGAUAUAUGAAGUGUCACACCGUACAAUGCACGACCGAAAGAUCGGCCUGUCCUCCAUCGACCGUUUUUUUUUCCUUUUUCGGCCGCUUUUUUUCCUCUUUCGGCCGCUUUUUUUCCUUUUUCGGCCGCCCCAAUUUUUUUCGGCCACCCCAUUCAUUUUUUCGGCCACCCCAAUGUGUGUGCCCGUACUAGCCCGUACAGGUACCCUUUUAACACCCACUCGUGCAUCCUAUGCUUGUUGCGCAAGAUGGACCGGGGCUCGUCCAUAUAUCUGUGUUCUUUGGAAGUAAAUAACUCUAUGUCUAGUCGCAGUAAUGCACCGGUUUAUCACUAGUCAUCAUUGAGAAAAAGAGUGCUAUUUCACACCAUACGCCUCCGAAGCUUCCUCUUUCGUGUUUCAUCUCUCAUAUCGUCUAUUGCCCGUCGUUCAUGUCCGCGUCUACCACCCCCGCCUCCGCGCUAGCCCC